AUGGGUGUGUGUUGGUUCGAAAAACUUCUGUUACCACAUUAUCAUUCGGUAUUAUUUGGAACAGGUGAAAUUAGUAUUCAUCUACCGAAACCAUUAAUGUGGCUCCAUACAAUUUCAAAAUAUUUUAUUUUGUCGUCUUUCUGCUUCAUUUUGAAAUUCCAUUUAUGCGCCUUUCAACCCCUCAAUAGCAUGACCGUCAGAAUGUGGUUGAGACAAUCAUCACAUUGUGUUAAUCUUCAACUUAUACUAGUAUUGCUAACAUUGUGCGGCUGGGCAAUUAUGUGCUAUGAAUUAGCAUAA